AUGAGCGCGAAGAAGAGGCUGCAAGUCAUCCAAGAAUUCACUCACGGUGGCCCUGACUCCCCAACUGUGCUACUGGCCAGCUUGAAAGCCGCGGGAGCCGGCGUGAACCUCACAGCUGCCUCGACUGUGUACCUGUUUGACCCGUGGUGGAACCCUGGGGUAGAGGAGCAAGCCAUGGGCAGGGUGCACCGGAUCGGACAGAAGAAAGAAGUGAAGGUGAUAAGGCUCAUCGUGAAGGGCAGCAUCGAGGAGAGGAUACUGGCCAUGCAGGAGAGGAAGAAGCGGCUGAUCAGCAGUGCAUUUGGGAAGAAGGGAGGCAAGGAUGAUAAGGAGAUGCGCGUCGAAGAGCUCCGGAUGAUGUUGGGCCUAGAUAACUAA